CCUUUGAAUGUCUGUGAACUUUAAUGCUGCGCAGCUCCUGCAUGCUGUAAAGUGAAAUAUUUGGCUCUGUGUUUGUUCCGUUUGCUGUUUUGCUUUGGUUUGGGCUUUUGUUGUUGUUUAUUUUCUUUCUUGCCGUUGUUUUUCCUCUUAAAUAAAAUAUGAUGUAGAAUUUGAAAAGAUUCAAUGGACAUUCUCGAGCAUAUUUGGAAAUAUUCUUGCUAAUGGAUUUCCUUCUUAUCGGUCUCUGUUUAAACUGGCUGCUGAGGAAGCCCCCGGGGUUGAUAUUGUGUACGCUGGGUAUCUUUUCUAAAAUGCUUCCAGCCGUGAAUAGUGGGUGUCCACAGCUAUGUCGGUGUGAGGGCAGGCUUUUGUACUGUGAAUCACUGAAUCUCACAGAGAUGCCUCGCAACCUGUCGGGCAUGAUGGGCUUGUCUCUGCGGUACAACAGCCUUUCAGAGCUGCAUGACAGACAGUUCACAGGGUUAAUGCAGCUCACGUGGCUCUAUCUGGAUCACAAUCACAUUUGCUCAGUGGAGGGGAAUGCCUUUCAAAAAUUGCGGCGAGUUAAGGAGCUCACCCUGAGUUCCAACAAAAUCACCCAACUGCCCAACAACACGUUCCGACCCAUGCCAAACUUGCGCAGUGUGGAUUUAUCGUACAACAACCUGCAGUCGCUGGAGCCCGACCUGUUUCACGGGCUGAGAAAACUCACGACUUUGCACAUGCGGUCAAACGCCAUCAAGUUUGUGCCGGUGAGAAUUUUUCAGGACUGUCGCAGCCUGAAGUUUCUAGACAUAGGAUACAAUCAGUUAAAGAGCCUGGCUCGAAACUCUUUUGCGGGCUUGUUCAAGCUCACCGAGCUGCACCUCGAGCACAAUGACUUGGUGAAGGUGAAUUUAGCCCAUUUCCCCAGGCUCAUCUCCCUGCACUCGCUCUGCUUGCGACGGAAUAAAGUCACCAUCGUCGUCAACACUUUGGACUGGAUAUGGCAACUGGAAAAACUGGAUCUCUCUGGCAACGAAAUCGAAUACAUCGAACCUCACGUCUUCGAAAGCGUGCCUCACCUCAAGUCCCUGCAGCUGGACUCCAACCGGCUGACCUACAUCGACUCGCGCAUCCUGGACUCCUGGAAGUCUCUCACGAGCAUCAGCCUGUCGGCCAACACCUGGGACUGCGGCCGCAACGUCUGCGCCCUGGCCUCCUGGCUGAGCAACUUCAAGGGCCGCUACGACAGCAACCUACUCUGUGCUACCCCCGAGUACGCGCAGGGCGAGGACGUUUUGGAUGCGGUCUACGCUUUCCACCUGUGUGAGGACACGGUCGACCCCACCAGUGUCAACACCUUGUCCCCCGUGACCAACAACAGCGACCAAAUGUUCGGCUACGGCUCGGCCGCCGCCACGGCCUACGCGCCGGAGGCCGACGAGGAGCCGACGACGUACGCCAUCACCGUGACGCUGCCCGGCGAAGGCGCGGAGAACGCCGUGCAGAUUCACAAGGUGGUGACGGGGACCAUGGCACUGAUUUUUAGCUUCCUCAUCGUGGUUUUAGUGUUGUAUGUCUCCUGGAAGUGCUUUCCAGCCAGCAUAAGGCAGCUAAGACAGUGCUUUGUAACACAGCGCAGGAAGCAGAAGCAGAAACAGACCAUGCAUCAAAUGGCUGCCAUGUCAGCCCAGGAGUAUUAUGUUGAUUACAAACCCAACCACAUCGAGGGAGCCCUGGUGAUCAUUAAUGAGUACGGAUCUUGCUCCUGUCACCAGCAGCCAGCGAGGGAGUGCGAGGUGUGAUUUGCCUUGGGGAUUUACACAGUGUGCAACCAAAUAGCGGCGCGCAGACGGGGAGCGGAGCGGGGGGUUUGCGGGGCUUUGCUGAGGAUUUCGUGGUCACUCCUCUGCUGAAAUCGCAGGAGGAGCUGUCGGCAGAACUUGAUAUUUUAGCUUUAUCAUGUCUUAAAAUCUUCAGGACAGCCAAUCUUAAGAUUUCCUAUGCUAAUACUCCC